AUGACUGAAGAUAUACAACUAUCUAACCUUCAUCGUGAAAGGUUCACACAUGAUGUUGAUGUUUCUGAUGAUGUUCUUCCUCUGCAUGUUAAUUUCAAUCCAACCGCAAAAUCAAUUCAAAGGAAAUUAGUAUUAUACGUGGUCUUUGAGGCCAUGACAUCGCUAUUUCUAUACUAUAAAUAUACAGAUUUAAUUCUGGUACAUAGAUUAUUGGCUCCUAUGAUGCUUGGAGCUUCAUCUGCUGCAUUAGCUCAAUCUAUAAACCAGUAUAUGAAGAAGAAAUUUAGUUUAUCAAAAGUUUGUAAAUUCAUAGUCUGGGGGUUAAUUAAUGGAAGUCUUACAGUGCUAUGGGUUGAUAUGCUUAUGUUUCAAUUUGAAAACACAUUCUAUAGAAUUGCCACCGAUCAAAUCGUUGGGGCCCCAUGUUUCCAGCUCAUCUAUAACAUAUUAAGUGCUCUUUGGGAUACAGGUGAAAUUUCUGGUUGUUUCCUGCCUGCUCAUAUGAAAUCUUUUAAAUAUAGUUAUUGUUUUUGGCCAUUUUUCUCAGUUUGUGCAUUUAUAUUCUUACCUCAAAGUACAAUGUUCCCCGCAUAUUGUCUUGCAAAUUUGGUAUGGAAUUUGAUAUUAAGUAAAUUGGGUUGA